UGCCAAUGCUCGGAAUAGAGCGACUCGCGCAAAUUAAAAAGUAAAAAGUAAUUCCAAUGCAGUGUAACAAUAGGAGAAAUAUUCUAAGGAAAUAGACAAAGAGUAUAAAACAGAGCUGAAGCGAUAAGGUUUCACACAUUGAAAAUGGUCCUCUGCCUCCUGGGGCCUUUGCGUUAGAUGCAUGACUGAUUAAGCAAAUUUUUGGUCUGGAUGGAGACGUCACAGUCAGUUUCUAAGACCUCGUCUAAUGGUUGAAGAACCAGAUUCUUCAUAGUGAUAUUGUUCUCAAAAAUCUGAAGUGGAUCUCUUCCACCUCAUCUGGACACCAUGAAUGCAUCUUCCCUACUCCCCUCCAAUGACACGCCACUCUGCUACACCAUUAACAAUCCUCCAUUCCAGUAUGUGCCCACCAUUGCCUCAGCCUACUUCUCCUCCAUCUUCAGCGUGUUGGGUAUCACCUCCAACCUCAUCGCCUUUGUGGUUCUCAUCAAGUCGUUCCAGCGAACUCACAGCAGCUCUCGGUCUUCCUUCCUCAUCUUCUUGGGUGGCCUGGUGGUCACCGAUUUCAUGGGUUUGCUGGUCACAGGCAGUAUUGUGGUCUCCUUUCACGUGACGCACUUCAACUGGCGCCAUUUGGACCCACGCUGCCACUUCUGCAACUUUAUGGGCAUGUCCAUGGUCUUCUACGGACUGUGCCCGCUGCUGCUCGGUGCGGCUAUGGCUUUGGAGCGCUUCAUCGGCAUCACCCGUCCGUUUGCGCGCACCACCACUCUCCCCAAGAAGCGAACCGUCUUCAUGUUGUUGCUGGUGUGGUUCAUUGCCGGCUGCAUAGCGUUGCUGCCUUUGACCGGAGUCGGCAGCUACCACAUGCAGAUGCCCGGCUCCUGGUGUUUUUUCAACAUUAGCUCGGAGGGCAGCGACCUGACCUUUUCUGUGCUCUUCUCCAUGGCCGGGUUGACGUGCAUCGUUGUUUCCUUUGUGCUGAACACCGUGACCGUUGUGACGCUGAUCAAGGUGUGCUGUGGACAGGAUAAGAUGCAACGUCCCAGGGAUCAGGAAGUGGAAAUGAUGGUACAGCUCAUCCUGAUCAUGGCCAUCGCUUCCAUCUGCUGGUGCCCAAUACUUGUCUUUAUUGCACAAACUGCGCUGAGCGGACGACCUCUGCAGGUCAUUUACCUUCUGCUGUGGCUGCGCUUUGCCUCCUGGAACCAGAUCCUGGACCCAUGGGUGUACAUCCUGGUUCGCAGGGCGGUAUUACAGAGAGUCUACCCGCGCAUAGACUGGUCCCGUUGGUCCACCUUAAACCAAUCAUUCCGGAGCACCUUUCACAGAUUAACACAUUCUUCUUCACUUGGAAGGCCUCUUAGCGCCGAUGAAACUGGACAGAUUGAACAAUUGGAUGAAACACACAAUGACCUAUAAAUCCACAUAUAAAUCUACUCAUCUCAAAUGAUUUGGCUAAUUUGGAGGAGGGACGAAGUUAGGUUCUAGUGAUGUUUUUGUGUACAGUGGUGAUACUUUCUUGAAUGGCACCCUGUCCAAGACCCACCACAAACAUUCUCAUGUGCACACACCACCGAUAAACACUUGUAAAUUUUCUUUUAAAUAUGUUGAAUAAGAGAACAUCUGCCGUACAUUGGUGGAGAAUCGUCACGAAUGUCUUUGUGUCUGCUCUCUGACGCUGUAGCCGAUGCUUAGGAUGCUCAGGCCAGUCAAAUGUUAUAAUUAAUUAUUCAUGGAGAAUAUACAAGCAAGAUGCUAAUAAAUGAGACACAUGAUGAAAUUUUAACAUGGACCCAACCCUAACACAUUAAAAAAUAAUAACAUGGUACCAUCAUAAGAAUGACAUUGCAUCAUUUUCUACAUUCUCCUCUUCUUUCAAAAUUUCCCACCCAAUGACUUUUCUCAUUUUUAUAAUAAGUGUAUCAUACAUUUCCUGUCAUACCCCAAGAUCACACCCUCAUCUUUCAUCUCUUCUCGGGUGAUUCCACAAAGGUACAAAAAUUACCUUGAUAGUAUAUUGGACAUGCCAACCUUUCACAUGUCGUGCCAUUUACGUAGCAAUAUCGUGUUUGAUUUUUACCAUGUUUCUGUCCCAAAGCAAUAGUGCACUAUGCUGCACAGCAUGCACAUGCCAGAAACUUCCACUGACUGCAUUAUUAACAUACUGUCAUAAGUUUAGGCUACUAAGCAGAAGUCAAGCAUGUGGAUACUGUAAAGUACUAUGCUUAAAAAAGCAAUGUAAUAUAAAUACAGCAUAUUGUAAAACUGUACAAUUAAGAUACAGGAACAUAAAUUAUAAUUCUCUAGUUACAUCACACUUUUGCCACAGAUAUUCACUUGUCAUUUCACCUCCAACUUGGCCCAAUGCCCUCAACUACCCCAAGACAGGAAAAAAGGGGCAAAGAGAGUUGGCAGAAACACCGUCAGAAUAAAAGCAGACGGACAACACUAAGGAUAUUACUCCAAAAGCACUACGAUUCAAGUAUUUUGAAAGAUUUGCCCCAAUGUAGUAUCGUCACUCAACUUGUUGAUAUGAAACAUUAAUCAAUAUUGUACUGUGGUUGCUGAAACAUUGUGAACUUGGGACAAGUUGGACAUUCUGCUUUUCACAUGCACAUGUUCACAUUUUACAAACUUGGGAAUGAUCAAGUUUAUAUUUUUAGAUGCAUGUAUGCACCAUUGUUUGUCAUACGCAUUUUCAAUUAUGCAAUAUGUAGAAAGAAAUUUUAAAAUCGCAUGCCUGUGGAAAAUGUGUGGUUUAUCUUUAAUAAUUGUGGUAUACAAACUAAAUUAACUCAUAUAUGCAGUUACACUCAGAUAAUAACUAUUAUUAUUACAUGUCCCGACAGGGUUCAUGAAGAUAUAAAUGCAAUUAUUUGUUGGACUUUUUCUCAGGAGCAGAUAGGAAUGUAACCUAGUAGCAUUAAAGAAGGUGUGCUAGUU